AUUGUUAAAAACUUAAGCGUGUUGCUUCUCCAAAGAGAGAGUUAAAGUUGCGUAUACGAUUGUAGUGUGUGCCGCGUGCAGUUACUUUUAGUAGCUGCUGUAGCCAACCGCCAAAAUUCUCACCGCCAGCAGCAGCCACAACAUGAACUCCUAUUUUGAACAGGCCUCCGGCUUCUAUGGCCAUCCGCACCAGGCGUCCGGCAUGACAAUGGGCACGGGCGGUCAUCACGAUCAGACGACGGCCAGCGCCGCGGCGGCUGCCUACAGAGGCUUCCCGCUCUCGCUGGGCAUGUCCCCCUACGCCAACCAUCAUCUGCAGCGCACCACACAGGACUCGCCGUACGAUGCGAGCAUCACGGCUGCCUGCAACAAGAUCUACGGCGAUGCUGGCAGCGCCUACAAGCAGGACUGCCUCAACAUUAAAGCAGACGCCGUCAAUGGCUACAAGGACAUAUGGAACACGGGCGGCACCAACGGCGGGGGCGGCGGAGGCGGUGGCAACGCUGCUACCGCUGGCAACACCGCCAACGGCUCCAAUGCGCCCAACGCUGCCAACGGACAGAACAAUGCGGGCGGCGGUGGCAUGCCCGUCCGCCCAUCCGCCUGCACGCCCGACUCCCGCGUCGGCGGCUACUUGGACACAUCGGGCGGCAGCCCUGUCAGCCAUCGCGGUGGCGGCAGCGCUGGUGGCGGCAAUGGUAACGCCGGCGGCGUCGCACAGAACUCCGCCAGCGGCGUGGGCGGCGGUGUGGGCGCGGCCACAGCCUGGAAUGCCAAUUGCACCAUCUCGGGCGCUGCAGCGGCCCAAACAGCGGCCGCCAGCAGUUUACACCAGCCCGGCAAUCACACCUUCUACCCCUGGAUGGCAAUCGCAGGUAAGAUAAGAUCUGAUUUAACACAAUACGGCGGCAUAUCAACAGACAUGGGUAAGAGAUACACAGAAUCUCUUGCGGGCUCUCUUCUACCAGACUGGCUAGGCACAAAUGGUCUGAGGAGACGCGGCCGACAGACAUACACCCGCUACCAGACGCUCGAGCUGGAGAAGGAGUUCCACACGAAUCAUUAUCUGACCCGCAGACGGAGAAUUGAGAUGGCGCAUGCGCUGUGUUUGACAGAGCGACAGAUCAAAAUCUGGUUCCAGAAUCGGCGGAUGAAGUUGAAAAAGGAAAUCCAAGCGAUCAAGGAGCUAAACGAGCAGGAGAAACAGGCGCAGGCGCAAAAGGCAGCGGCGGCAGCGGCUGCGGCGGCGGCGGUGCAGGGCGGCCAUUUAGACCAGAAUUAGAAUGAAUUAAUCUGCAUGCAGAGCAAAAAUAUUGUAACAAAUAAACCAUUUACUUAACUUAAUUAAAUAUGAGUAAUAACUGUACUGUGUGGUUAUUGUACCAUCAAGGGAUAAUUUCAAAAAUGUUUUUUGAAAAGCAACCGAAAAUACGUAAAAGCAAACAGCAACAACAAAAUACAAAUAAAUUUACUAGACUCGUAAGUGACAGAUUAAAGUAGUGGCCAGAUAACAGAUCGACUUAUCUAGAUGCAUACACAUACAUUACUAUAUACGAAUACAAAUAAAUACAAAUACAAAUACAAAUUUAAUUUAAAUUAAAUUCCUCAAACAACAAAUGAAUCGAUAGAAGUAACACUAUUUCAAAAUUGUUUGCCUGCCUAAGAUUUAUGUUUAAAAUACGAGCAAAAAUUUUCAUUUUCAAAACUCAUGUUCAAAUGUUGCUCCCCUUCUUCCCUAAGACCCCUUUGUUGCUUACUGCUAUGUUUAAAUUAUUUUUUCGAAAAAUAUAUAAAAAAUACUCAAACAAAAUGUUAAAAAGAAAACAAAUUAAAAUUCUGUUGAUAUGAAUUUUUGUAAGGCGCGUUUUUAAACUAAUUGAAACUUAACAAAAAUUACUUGAAAAA